AUGAUGUGGGAGGGAGCAGGAGGCGUUCCCGUUGGUUUCGAAUCGUCAAGGGCCUAUCAUGGCGGGAAACAUCACACAAACCGCGCUCUACACCACCACCUGAUCACUGCGACGCGGACGCGAAUCUUCCGCGGCGGAGUGGAGAAUCCCAAUCUACAGGGCUCCAUCACCCGAGAGAUUCUGCUCGAUCUGGUCUACGAUUACAAGACGGCGAAUCCGAAGGAAACGCCGACCAGCGCCAUGUUUAUAUUAAAGGAUGAUCCAUACUUCUCCGUUCCUCGGCUUGACCAAGAUCCGAUGCCACAGGAACAAGAUGACACGGAAGUGAUAUUGACGACCAAGGGCGGUACGACGGGCCUCCACAUCGGCGGGCUGUUCUACAUCAUGGGCAGCGACGACGCCAUCCGCAUGAGAUCUGGGACUAUUCACGGGCUGGUCACGAUUGUGGGAGGCUUCAUUGCGACGAAAGCGUACAUCGACCAAGACACACUGGGAUCCAUGACCUCGUGGUUAGUCCACAGUCCGUCUUACUCGCAAGGAUUGGACGACAGAGGACUCGAAGAAAUCGCAUGCACGUGGCUAAAGGCGGCAGAGCACUCCCCCAUUGAAGGACUCGUCAAAAGCUGGCCCAAGGUAGAGGCGUUGUUAGGGAGGACAAUACGAGCGAAGGCCGGGCUGCGAAAGCAAGCAAAGGAGAUUUGGCUGCGCAUUCACGAUCGUAUGCAGGACAAAGAAGAGAUCGAAGGACAAAUGCGUGGACUGGGGAUUUUGCCCUAA